GCGAGGCUAGGCAGUCCGCGCCGCGGGUGCUGAAAACCCGGCGCGCGGGUGAUGGUCUCCAGGCGCGCGCUAGCGGGCCGGCUCACCUAGUACGUGUGGCUGGCGCGCGCUACGGCUCGGGCCCGGAACGCGCGCCUGACAGCCUGCGCCGGCUCGCGCGCUUUGUCGCGGGGCCGCGAUGGUCCCCAAGACCCCAGCCCCGCGACCGACCUCGCGCUACUUCUCCUGGGACGAGGUGGCGCAGCGCUCCGGGCGCGAGAAGGAGCGGUGGCUCGUGAUCGACCGGAAGGUGUACAACAUCAGCGAGUUCACCCGCCGGCACCCUGGGGGCUCCCGGGUCAUCAGCCACUACGCGGGGCAGGAUGCUACGGAUCCCUUUGUGGCAUUCCACAUCAACAAGGGCCUUGUGAGGAAGUACAUGAAUUCGCUUCUGAUUGGAGAACUAUCUCCAGAGGAGCCCAGCUUUGAACCCACUAAGAAUAAAGAGCUGACUGAUGAGUUCCGGGAGCUGCGGGCCACAGUGGAGCAGAUGGGACUCAUGAAGGCCAACCCCAUCUUCUUCCUGCUCUACCUGCUGCAUAUCCUGCUGCUGGAUGUCGCUGCCUGGCUCACUCUGCGGGUCUUUGGGACAUCCUUUGUGCCCUUCCUCCUCUGUGCAGUAAUGCUCACCACAGUUCAGGCCCAGGCUGGCUGGCUGCAGCAUGACUUUGGGCACCUGUCCGUCUUUGGCACCUCUACGUGGAACCACUUGCUACAUCAUUUCGUGAUUGGCCACCUAAAGGGGGCCCCUGCCAGUUGGUGGAACCACAUGCACUUCCAGCACCAUGCCAAACCCAACUGUUUCCGCAAGGACCCAGACAUCAACAUGCAUCCCUUCUUCUUUGCCUUGGGGAAGAUCCUCUCUGUGGAGCUUGGGAAACAGAAGAAAAAGUAUAUGCCGUACAACCACCAGCAUAAAUACUUCUUCCUGAUUGGGCCCCCAGCCUUGCUGCCUCUCUACUUCCAAUGGUAUAUUUUCUAUUUUGUUAUCCAGCGGAAGAAGUGGGUGGACUUGGCCUGGAUGAUCACCUUCUAUGCCCGCAUCUUCCUCACUUACGUGCCACUGUUGGGACUGAAAGGCUUACUGGGCCUGUUCUUCAUGGUCAGGUUCCUGGAAAGCAACUGGUUUGUGUGGGUGACACAGAUGAACCAUAUCCCCAUGCACAUUGAUCAUGACCGGAACGUGGACUGGGUCUCCACCCAGCUCCAGGCAACAUGCAAUGUCCACAAGUCUGCCUUCAAUGACUGGUUCAGUGGACAUCUCAACUUCCAGAUUGAGCACCAUCUUUUCCCUACUAUGCCUCGACACAAUUACUACAAAGUGGCUCCCUUGGUGCAGUCCCUGUGUGCUAAGCAUGGCAUAGAGUACCAGUCCAAGCCCCUGCUCUCAGCCUUUGCUGACAUUGUCCACUCACUGAAGGAGUCCGGGCAGCUCUGGCUAGAUGCCUAUCUUCACCAAUAACAACAGCCCUGUCUGGAAGAAGAGCUUCUGGAGCCAAAGCAGAGGGGAGCUGGAGGGACAAUGCCACUAAAUGCUAAUAUUCAGAGGGGGUGGGUUUGAGGAGAUAAAGGGGAGGGAUCAGAGUGAGAACCUUUAUCUCUAGGCACAGACCUAGGACUUGGAGAGGGGUAGGGAACAUCCCUUGAAGAGAGGGAUGGAGCUUUUUUUUGGACCAGGAAGUUGAGUUCCAUUGUUUCUUUUUUCUAGUUUGGCAGAUAUAAAUGGUUGGUGAGCAAAGAGAAAGUCAGAAGGGUUAGAAAAACAGGGAGGACCUACCCAGCCUGGAAAUCAGGAAGACAUUUAGCACCAAAAUUCCACCCAGGAAAAGAAGGGGUGAGCUCAUCUCACUGGUUUACUUCUCAGUACCUUUUCCUCCCUCACUUGCAGACCUCAGAAGUUCACAGGCUGAAGGGAGACAGAGCAUCCAAACCUUUUGAGCAAGAUUUAGAAAGGAAGCAUUAGCGCUUAGAAUUCCGAGGCCUGGCAUAACACAGUGCUUAGAGGAAGCUCGGAUCACUCUAGGGCUUGGCGUGACCUAUGUCUGCCUCAGGAUCCUGGAGAAGCCGUUGUCCACUUUGAGAAGCAGGCAGGGCCAAGGCCACAACUGUUACUGGAGGCAGACAUCUGACCUUGAAGGAUCCUGGCCCUACUGAUUUUGGUCUCAUGUCCCAGCCAGGGUAUAUCUCUUGGGAGCAUUAGGUUUUAGGUCUUGCCAAAACAGCAGAGAAGGUUGCUGGCCAUUAAAAAUCCCUUUAGCUUUUGAUUCACCUUUUCUAAACACCACCCAAGGAAAAGAACACUCCUAGGACAGUGAGUCCACUUCUUUCAAGUGAGCAGAUAGGGUAACUAGUCUUCUUCGUGGAAACAUGGGGCUCCCAAUGGUUUUCCUUUGCUUUCCUACCUGUAAUUCCAAGUUCAACAAAAUAGCAGUCAAUAAACACAGUGGUUAAGUUGGGAGAUACUGAAUUACCAGUCAUGAGAAAACACAAGUGUCUAUCAUAAACAGCCUAAGGGCUGUAAGAAAUGUAUAGCCUAAAUAUGUUACAAUACUUUGGUGUAGGAGCAGUGGAUUAAAUACAAUCGUGUCAUAGUUCUAAACCAGUAAUAGGGAGAUAGAACCACAGAAGUUGUGAUGCCAUUGCUGUCGUUAGGCAUCUCACUGUCAAUUCUGUUCAAGUACCUUUCUCUGGUGGCAACCGGGUAGGAAUUUAGGGUAAUCUCUUAAAAAGCUUAUCAGUUCAAUGCUGAAAUACAACUUUUAAAUCUGGUUUUUAAAGAAAAAAAAAAACAAGUUUAACCCACCUCUGUA